AUGGCAAGAGUUGGUCCAUUGAUAUGGUUUUGGUCUUUAACUAUUUUACCAUUCACUGCUAUUCUCACAUUUAUUUCAACAUUGAUUGUAUGUAUUCAAAUUCCUAAUAAUGCACCGAAAGAUGAAAAAUUUCCUCAAAUUUCUCAACUUGGUACCGGUCAGGCAUAUCCUUAUUUUGUCACUGGAUUUGUAAUUUUAUCAAUUCAAUUACUGGUAAUUCUUCUUGGCCGAAUUCAAUAUCUUUUCCAAACUCAAUAUAUCAUUCAUCGUGGUAUUAUCAGUGUUGUUCAUGGCAUUGGUCUGUUUUCCAUUGUGUUUCUUCUUCUUAUGGCUAUUGCAAGUAUUGAUGACAAUCCUUCGAUUCAUCUGACUGGCGCAUAUGGCUUGUUUGGACUUAUCUCAUUGUAUUGUUUUCUUCAUACUAUGAUCGUCUUCUAUCUUUUUAUACACCGAUCAGAUGUUCCACAACAUACAAAUAUUAUUUGGCCGAUAUGGUUUCUUUUUUGCAGCAUAUUGCUUAUCGCAUUUUUUAUUGUCUGGCUCCUAACUGCCAAAGGUAUUCCAGAAUAUAUUGUUGCUGCUACGCCUUUUCUUUAUUUUCUUGGUUUGGCACCACAGUUUUGGACACAAGCAAGAAGGAAGAAGCUAGAUCCUGUUUUAUUUGAAAGAUUAUCAUUCUAG